UUCUCCUCCUCUGUCAUUCCAACAGAGGCGCUUCACUCCUCCAUCCACCUGUCACUCCCCUCCCUGCGACACUGGAAAUAAGACUUUAUUUCUUUAUUUUUUUUCAACAACACCUCUACGGACACCUACAAGAAAAAUGGCGAGCAGCUUCUCGAGAAUGUUGUCCUCCAAGCAGAGAAUUGGGGUGCUGUCGUUCGUCGGGGGCUCCCUAACGGCCGGAAUGCUGUUCCAGCGGGAACGCGUCAGCGGCGGAGCGCCGGUACGCAGGAGCUACCCCGCCAGUGCGGAGUACCCUGACCUACGCAAACACAACAACUGCAUGGCCAGCCACCUGACACCCGCCAUCUACGCCAAGCUGUGCGAUAAGGCUACUCCCAACGGGUACACGCUGGACCUGGCCAUCCAGACGGGCGUGGACAACCCGGGGCACCCCUUCAUCAAGACCGUCGGCAUGGUGGCGGGAGACGAGGAGUCCUACGAGGUAUUUGGGGACCUGCUGGACCCCGUCAUCAAAGAAAGGCACAACGGCUACGACCCCCGCACUAUGAAGCACCCCACCGACCUGGACGCCAGCAAGAUCCACUCGGCCAACUUCGACCCGCGUUACGUGCUGUCGUCCAGGGUGAGAACGGGCCGCAGCAUCCGAGGGUUGAGCCUGCCCCCCGCCUGCACCCGGGCGGAGCGCAGGGAGGUGGAGAGGGUGGUGGUGGACGCCCUCGCCGGCCUGAAGGACGACCUGCAGGGGAAGUACUACAGCCUCACUCAGAUGACGGACCAGGAGCAGCAGCAGCUCAUCGACGACCACUUCUUGUUCGACAAACCUGUGUCCCCCCUCCUGACGUGCGCAGGCAUGGCACGUGAUUGGCCUGAUGCCCGUGGAAUCUGGCACAACAACGAGAAGACGUUCCUUGUCUGGGUCAAUGAGGAGGAUCACACCAGGGUCAUUUCCAUGGAGAAGGGCGGGAACAUGAAGAGAGUCUUUGAGAGGUUCUGCAAAGGCCUCAAGGAGGUGGAGCAUCUGAUCCAGGAGAAAGGCUGGGAGUUUAUGUGGAACGAGAGGCUCGGUUACAUCCUCACCUGUCCCUCCAACCUGGGCACAGGGCUCCGGGCCGGGGUCCACGUCAAGCUGCCCCUGCUGAGCAAGGAUCCCCGCCUCAAUAAGAUCCUGGACAACCUGCGUCUGCAGAAACGAGGGACUGGCGGCGUGGACACCGCCGCCGUGGGCGGAAUCUUCGACAUCUCCAAUCUGGACCGCCUAGGAUUGUCUGAGGUCCAUCUGGUGCAGACAGUGGUCGAUGGCGUCAACUACCUGAUCGAGUGUGAGAAGAGACUGGAGAAAGGCCAGGACAUCAAGGUGCCCCCACCCCUUAAGCAAUUCAAGUAGACACUGACCCCUCAACCCUCUGGGCACAUAUGCGUGCAUAAACUCCCCGCUCUGUGCCCAUAGAUAUUAUAAAUAUCUAUUUCAUUGCCUCCUUUAUUACCACUACUUACCUAAUCCGUCCUCCCUGCCCCACUGUAUACCUCUAUAAACCAUACUCUACAUAUCUUGUAUGCAUCAGUCUAUCUGGCUAAACCGAACCAGAGACCCAGAAUACUCCCUUUGGCUUUAUUGUGGUUAAGUUGCAUUUGAACGGCUUUAAUCUCAAACGGUGCUCUAAAAUGUCAGCGAACGUUAACAAAGGACACAACAUGGUCAAACGGUUUCUUUGGCUCUACUCCCAAAGCACUCCUCAGCCCCCCGAACCCAACUUGACCCUCGCCUCGAGCCCCUUCCUGCAUGUCCUAUCCUCAGACUGGCUCUUCCCCUCAUUCCUGUGUGGUGAUUGCUUCAUUCCUACUAUCUAGUGCUUGUGUCGUCCAUCGAUUUGCGCUCCACUCUCUAGCUUCUCUUUACAAUUUCCAGUGGAUUUGAAUGUAGAUUAGCAGCGUGACGCUGAGGAGACGCUGUGUUCUCCAGAGCGUUUGUAUGUCUGCUGACACACUGGUCAAAAAUGGAAUGUUAUUACAGCACACACACACACACGGGCCGGGCCGGGUUAAGUACUGUAAGCUACUGAAGCAAUACCAUCUAGCUCAUCGUGAACGUCAUACUGUAAUGUCUUUUAUUAAAGAAAUCAUCUAUUUAACAGUU